AUGGCGUACAAUCCCAUUUCUAUGGAUGACGACGGCAUGGCGUCAUUUGCCGGGGGCUCUUGGCCCCAGAAUGGGGCGGACCCCGACAUGACGCCGGGGGGCCACACCUCCACUGCCUCCAUCGCCGGCGUCCCUGUGAUUGAUCCGAUGAUGACGCCUGGUGAGUUUAUUCGUCGCUGCCAGCAGCAGUAUUACUUUGAGUUCUCGUGGGAGGUGCCGUUUCCGCGGGUGCCUGCGGCGCCGUUGUUGUACCUGCCGGAGGCCUUUAAGGAGCUGCUUAACGACCCAUUGCCGUUGGGUGUCAUGCAGGCGGAGCUGGACGCGAUGUCCGAGGGCGUGCUGGCGCGUAUUCCGCUUGCCUACUACCUGCUCCGCCCGGAGGUGGUGGAGGAGGCACGCGGCAUUGCGGUGGAGUGCGAGCAGCGCGUGGAGGAGCUGCAGCGGCAGGCAACCGUGGCGGGAUUGACGGAGCGGCUAACGUGGCGGCCGGAGGAGGUGAACCCGUACCUGGAGCGGGCCGACGCCGAGCUGCUGGACACGGACAUCGACCUCAAUCUGGUCCUGGAGCGCGACAAGCCUUCAUUGACGCUCCUGCAGCGUCCCUUGUACACGGACAUGGGGUUGGUGUCUCAGGAGCAGCGACACCUGGAGCGCCUCGCCCGCAUUGUCCCGGAGGCGCUGCGAGGCCAACCUCACUUGUCCUCCUCACAGGACUCACAAACGAUGGGAGGCGCAUGGACGUCCUCGGACGGCGUUGGUGGUGUGCCUCCACAUGCUGGCGAGGAGUUGACGCAGGCCAGCACACGUAGCAACGGUCCCCCCGCGACGGGGUCACCGCAGCAGUGGCUAGACGGCAUUCGAAACUCAUUUCGUUUUGCUCGCACUUUAGACACCCACUAUGAGAAGCUGCUUGAGUCCGUGGCACAAAAGAAGCUGGGUCUAGACUGCAAAGACCCCGCGACGAUGAGCCUCACACGCCGUCUAUGGCAGCUCCUGUUUGAGGGGACGAAUAAAGCGCAGCAACGCGGUUUCUGGCACCAGUUAUGUCGUUUUUCCUCCAACUACGAUGCACGCGGCGAGGUGAUGGAACAGCUGAGGCGCGCGGUUAUUGAACUUCAGAUGCCCCACUCGCAGCUGUGGCUGGCGCUGCUGCAGGAGUACGUGCAUCUUUUGACGGCGUACACCGCAAACCUAAGCGGGGGGACAGAGCAGCGCAAGGAGCAGCUGCAAAUCGGUGGGAAGGAGUUGGAUCCUUUUGAGCAGGGGGCCUUUCAGCCGGACCUUCAGCCCGGUGCAACGCUGCAGCGAGUGGCCAAGGAGCUCGGCACGGAUCGGCAACCGGUGCCCAUCUUUCCAGUGGAGGUGCUGCCAUUGUACCCGGCCGGCUUUGAAAAGGCGGCGGCGGAAAUUGGGGCGGGGAGUCCGGGGCGCAUGGGGUUCCUGGGCGAGUUAGCGACAGCGCUGCACCACGUCGUGCUCCCAGGAGCGGUGGUGAGCGAGGAGUCUAGGAUCAGUGGGCCGCACGCGCUGGUGAACAACACCAACCUCUUGGUGGCGGACAAGAAGAGCGCCAGGCAGGUCAGUCACGGGUUGACUGUCAGUUAUCACACCUCGCGCGAGAACACCUUCGAGCCACUUGUCACGGAGGAGAGCAGCACCAGCAGCUACCUGGUUCAGCUGCGUGCGGCGCAGGCGGGUUCCACGCCGGCCGGCCUUUCCAACGCCAACAGGCGACAUGCCAUGUACAACCGACUCAGCACCCGCAGCCUGUUUGUGAAGGCACCGAACGCAGAGGCACCGCCGUACGAGCGGUACGUGCUGAUUUUCGGCGCGGAAGGGGGAGGGCGUAAGCGGCCGCGUGAGGUUCAUGACGAUGCGGAGGACCCCCCCUCCCCUGCGCAGCUGGACAAGUAG